CUGAGGUAAAAAGAUAAUAGCCUGGAUAUACAGAUAAUAAUACAUAAUAAUAUUGUAAUGGGCAAAGGGUCAAGGUUUCCCCCUAAUACUAAUAUUGUGCUAUGCUAAUCAGAUAAUAUAUACAGAUAAUAAUCUAUAUAUAUAAAAGAGUGAUGGCAUCACAGCAAUUCACAAAACAACAAAAGUACAGGCCCCCCAACCUCAAAAUUUGACAACACAACCCAUCAUCCACGCCUCAAGGUUGAUACAACAAAAAGAAAAGAAAAAUAAAGUCCUGAUUAGAGGGAGAGCAAUAAUUUUUUUUAUCCAAUUGCUGCCAGUUUAGAGGGCUAAUCUCUGCCCACUUGGUUGCCUAGCAACCAAGGGACAGCCAGGUUUCAGUUAGGGGACAGGCAGAUUUAGGCCUCACUUAGACUUCUUCCACAGAUUAUCUAAUUUUCACUGGAUUAUAUGGCAGUGUAGGCUCAAGGCCAUUCCACACAGCUAUAUAACCCAUUUAUAAUUAUCUGCUUUGCACUGGAUUAUCUUGACUCCACACUACCAUAUAAUCCACUUCAGUGUGCAUUUUAUACAGCUGUGAAGAAGGAGCCUCAUAUAAUCCAGUUCUAAGCAGAUAAUUUAAGAUUAGAAAUAUACAGUAGAGUCUCACUUAUCCAACGUAAACAGGCCGGCAGGAUAAGUGAAUAUGUUGGAUAAUAAGAAGGGAUUCAGGAAAAGCCAAUUAAACAUCAAAUUAGGUAAUCGUUAUACAAAUUAAGCAACAAAACAUCAUAUUAUACAACAACCAAUCAGAAAUAUUGUAUAUUCACAACCUUUAGGAAAUAAUAUCCCCUGAUGGCGCAGCGUGUUAAAGCGCUGAGCUGCUGAACUUCUGGACCGAAAGGCCACAGGUUUGAAUUGGGGGAGCGGAGAGAGCCCCCACUGUUAGCCCCAGCUUCUGCCAACCCAGAAGUUCGAAAACAUGCAAAUGUGAGUGCAUCAAUAGGUACUGCUCCGGCGGGAAGGUAACGCCGCUCCAUGUAGUCAUCCCACAUGACCUUGGAGGAGUCUGCGGACAACGCCGGCUCUUCGGCUUAGAAAUGGAGAUGAGCACCAACCUCCAGAGUCAGACAGGACUGGACUUAAUGUCUGGGGAAAACCUUUACCCUUGACCUUAACUACCACCAAUUCCUCAAUACUUUAUUUCCCAUACCACCAUACUUCGCCACAGCAACGCGUGGCCGGGCACAGCUAGUACAUAAUAAUAUUGUAAUGGGUAAAGGGUCAAGGUUUCCCCCUAAUACUAAUAUUGUGCUAUGCUAAUAAUAUAAUAUACUGUAUAUACAUAUAAUAAUACAUAAUAAUAUUGUAAUGGGUAAAGGGUCAAGGUUUCCCCCUAAUACUAAUAUUGUGCUAUGCUAAUUAGAUAAUAGACUGUAUAUACAGAUAAUAAUACAUAAUAAUAUUGUAAUGGGUAAAGGGUCAAGGUUUCCCCCUAAUACUAAUAUUGUGCUAUGCUAAUCAGAUAAAAUACUGUAUAUACAGAUAAUAAUAUAUAAUCAUAUUGUAAUGGGUAAAGGGUCAAGGUUUCUCCUAAUACAGUAGAGUCUCACUUAUCCAAGCCUCUGGAUUAUCCAAGCCAUUUUUGUAGUCAACGUUUUCAAUAUAUCGUGAUAUUUUGGUGCUAAAUUCAUAAAUACAGUAAUUACAAAAUAACAUUACUGCGUAUUGAACUACUUUUUCUGUCAAAUUUGUUGUAAAACAUGAUGUUUUGGUGCUUAAUUUGUAAAAUCAUAACCUAAUUUGAUGUUUAAUAGGGUCUUCCUUAAUCCCUCCUUAUUAUCCAAGAUAUUUGCUUAUCCAAGCUUCUGCCGGCCCAUUUAGCUUGGAUAAGUGAGACUCUACUGUUUCCAAAAGACCUCACCACUUCUGAGGAUGCUUUCCAUAGAUGUGGGCGAAACGUCAGGAGAGAAUGCUUCUGGAACAUGGGCAGGCAGCCGGAAAACUCAUCGCAACCGAAUGAUGCCAUUUGUUUCUAUGAGGGUUUCUUAAGCAUUGCCCAUCAGAGAGUAGUAGCAUCCCUCUCUGAGGUUCCCCCCAACCCUGGCCAAGUCCCUGCCCCCCUCGGGCUUCUCUGGCACCCACAAGCAGGGCCAGCCCUCCCUCCCUCCCUCCCUCCCUCACCUGCAGCAGGGACCCCCAGGCUCUUCUGGAGAAACUGCCCCCUUUCCGCAGUCCUGCUCCUUUAAGGCCAAGCCCCGCCUCUCUUUGGGCGCCUGCCUCCGCCUCCAUGACAGCGCCGGGCGGAAGUAGGCUUCCAAGGUGACGUCAUGGCAGGCGGCCCCGCCUCGUUCCCUUGGAGACAGACAGCGGGCGGAAGUGAGAGGGCGCUUCCGGUUGGGCCCAGCCGAGGGAGAGGCGCCAACUCUUCGCGUGUUCCUCGGGAGCCUCGCGCGGACUCAGAACCCGGACCCUUCCCCCGGCAGAGAAGGCUGUCCUGCGAAAGGAGGGAGGCUGCAGGGAGGGAGUGGCAGAAGAAGCUUCAGGCUGAAGUGGAAAAGAACCAGCAGGUGCAGAAAGGUAACUUCUGAACAAGUUCUGCGAAGAUCACCUUGUGAGAGCUUUGCCCGAGGAGUGCUGUAAGUCUAAAGGAACUUCAAGAUACACAGCAAUGACAAGAAGAAAAAAUAAGUAGUAGAAAAAUAUAUUUCAAGCUGUGUAAUUAAGGGGGGAAAUAAGAUUGUGCUGAAGAAAGAGACACUUGCUGAAAGUGAGCAGAAGGCUAAAGUAAUACAAAGACUGUGCUGUUCGGGAGGUUAUAUCUGUGAACCCCUGGCAUGAUAUUUGAAUUAUAAUUGUAAAAGAAUGUCAAGUCCUUCACCACCCUAUCCUAGAUCACACACAGGGGAGAAGUUACAUCAGUGUAUGGAAUGUGGGAAACAAUUUGAUAGGAAACAUUCUCUUACUGUUCAUGAACGGACGCACACAGGGGAGAAGCCCUAUAAAUGCAUAGAAUGUGGAGAAAGCUUCAGUUGGAAUGGCAGUCUACGUUCCCAUCAAAGGACCCAUACAGGGGAGAAGCCAUAUAAAUGUAUGAAAUGUGGAGAAAGCUUCAGUCAGAGUGGCAGUCUAUGUUCCCAUCAAAGGACCCAUACAGGGGAGAAGCCAUAUAAAUGCAUGGAAUGUGGAGAAAGCUUCAGUCAGAGUGGCAGUCUACGUUCCCAUCAAAGGACCCAUACAGGGGAGAAGCCAUAUAAAUGUAUGGAAUGUGGAAAAAACUUCAGUCGGAGUGGCAGUCUACGUUCCCAUCAAAGGACACACACAGGGGAGAAGCCAUAUAAAUGCAUAGAAUGUGGAGAAAGCUUUAUUCAGAGCGACCAUCUACGUUCCCAUCAAAGGACCCACACAGGGGAGAAGCCACAUAAAUGCAUAGAAUGUGGAGAAAGCUUCAGUCGGAGUGACAGUCUACGUUCCCAUAAAAGGACCCACACAGGGGAGAAGCCCUAUAAAUGUAUAGAAUGUGGAGAAAGCUUCAGUCGGAGUGGCAGCCUACGUUCCCAUCGAAGGACCCACACAAGGGAGAAGCCAUAUAAAUGCAUGGAAUGUGGAGAAAACUUCAGUUGGAGUAGCAGUCUACAUUCCCAUCAAAGGACCCACACAGGGGAGAAGCCCUAUAAAUGCAUAGAAUGUGGAGAAAGCUUCAGUCGGAGUGACAGUCUACGUUCCCAUCAAAGGACCCACACAGGAGAGAAGCCACAUAAAUGCAUGGAAUGUGGAGAAAACUUCAGUUGGAGUAGCAGUCUACGUUCCCAUCAAAGGACCCACACAGGGGAGAAGCCACAUAAAUGCAUGGAAUGUGGAAAGAGCUUCAAUCAGAGUGGCAAUCUACGUUCCCAUCAAAGGACCCACACAGGAGAGAAGCCACAUAAAUGCAUGGAAUGUGGAAAAAGCUUCAGACAGAGUUGCAAUCUGCGUACCCAUCAAAGGAAGCACACAGGGGAGAAGCCAUAUAAAUGCAUGGAAUGUGGGAAGAGCUUCAGUCACAGUGGCAAUCUACGUUCCCAUCAAAGGACCCACACAGGGGAGAAGCCACAUAAAUGCAUGGAAUGUGGAAUGUGCUUCAGUCACAGUAAAAGUCUGCAUAUCCAUCAAAAGACCCAUACAGAGGAGAAACCAUAGAAAUGCAUAAAAUGUGGAGAAAUUUUCAGUCAGAGUUAACAAUAUGCAUUCCUAUCAAAGGACCCAAAUAGGGAAGAAGCCAUAUACAUUCAUGGAAUGGGGAAAGCGUCUCAGUCACAGUGGAAUCCGCAUUCCCAUCAAAGUUCGACAGGGACAAAUGCAAGAUACUUCACUUUGGCAGAAAAAACAGAAUGCAAAGAUACAGAAUGGGGGAUGAUGCCUGGCCCGACAGCAGUAGAUGUGAAAAAGACCUUGGAGUCCUCGUUUACAACAAGUUAAACAUGAGCCAACAAUGUGAUGCGGCUGUUAAAAAAGCCAAUGGGAUUCUGUCCUGCAUCAAUAGGGGAAUAGCGUCUAGAUCCAGGGAAAUCGUGCUCCCCCUUAUUCUAUUCUGCCUUGGUCAGACCACACCUGGAAUCACACUGCGUCUAAUUCUGGGCACCGCAAUUGAAGGGAGAUGUUGACAAGCUGGAAAGCGUCCAGAGGAGGGUGACUAAAAUGAUCAAAGGUCUGGAGAACAAGCCCUAUGAAGAGCGGCUUAAGAACUGGGCAUGUUUAGCCUGCAGAAGAGAAGGCUGAGAGGAGACAUGAUAGCCAUGUACAAAUAUGUGAGGGGAAGUCGUAGGGAGGAGGGAGCAAGCUUGUUUUCUGCUGCCCUGCAGACUAGGACGCAAUGGAACAAUGGCUUCAAAAUGCAGGAAAGGAGGUUCCACCUGAAUAUGAGAACGAACUUUCUCACUGUGAGAAGGGCUGUUCGGCAGUGGAACUCUCUGCCCCAGACUGUGGUGAAGGCUCCUUCUUUGGAGGCUUUUAAGCAGAGGCUGGAUGGCUGUCUGUCGGGGGUGCUUUGAAUGUGAUCUUCCUGCUUCUUCGCAGGGGGUUGGACUGGAUGGUCCAUGAGGUCUCUUCCAACUCUACUAUUCUAUAAUUCUAUGAUUGUGUUCAUUGUUCCUUCGAUUGUGUUGCUCCAAUUGUAUUAUUUUAGCUCAGUGGUUCCCAACAUUUUUUUAAACUAGGGAUCACUUGACCAGGGACCACUCUCCAAAAUUUGCAUCAAAAUGGUUACAAAUCAGUUUGUGGUCAACUUUAGAUUCGCUCUCAGUCACUCUCAUUGCAACGGUGUAGUUACAGUGAGGCCGUGGACCCUAUUUGAGUUAUUGCGACCACUGGUGGUCCAUGGACCCCAGGUUGGGAACCACUGUUUUAGCUGGACUGAAGACUUUAAUUUUCCUAUAAGUUAAUAUGGUCUUGUCUUGUAUUUAAUAAACCUCAGACUUUAUACCGAGAGAGCCCUGGAACAGGAGACCACCAGCCUUGCUUUGUGUGUACUUAUCCCUGCGUAGAGUGAAACCCUUUCUGGAUAUGAGACUGUUUAAUCCCACCUUUGGCAAAGGGUCCAUCAGGAUACACAGCAUAUCUCCUUAAAUGUAGAGAAUAGAGGACAAAGAAUGAUGACAAUGAUCGAUGAAGAUUCAUGAAUCCAUUGAGAUGGACACAUUAACUAAAUUGAUGAAGUAUAGAACAGCAUUGAAAGGAAACAGAGUAAAUAGAGAUAGAAAUCAUAUAGUGGGUGAGAGUUUUGUAGACUAGUGUCAGUUUUGUUCUAAUUGUGCAGGUGUGUGUCCUUGCUCCCUUUAUAUUUGUUAAAUAGUCCUUUUUCCAAAAAAAUGUAUCAAAAUUAUUAUUUGUGUAAAAAUAUUGUUUUUAAAUACCAAAAUUGUAAUUUGUUUAAAUGGGCUUGGGUAUGUUUUUCUUUUUCUUUUUGUCUUUGAAUAAAUAUUGUUUUUUAAAA